GGCGGGGACGCGCGGCGCUGAGCUCCGGCCGGCGUCUUCGUGGUCUUCUCCGAGCUUUACUCUUAGCACCCCGAACUCCACGUCCCGCGCUUUUCAACUGCCACGCAGACGCUCUGUCGGGCCCCCCCAGUAAACCAUAACUGAAGAAAAAUGAUGGAAGAGAGCGGAAUAGAGACCACCCCGCCCGGGACUCCUCCUCCACAUCCUGCAGGACCAGCCGCGGCUGCUGUGUCUUCAACCCCCCUUCCUUCAGCUGCAACCGGUUCCUUUUCUUCUCCAAAUGUGUCCUCCAUACAAACCUUGCCGCCGCACGUGUAUGCCACCCCCCAGCCGCCCCUCCCUCCCGUGAGGCCCUCUGCACCCCUGGUGCCGCCUUCACCCGUCCCUUCUGUCCCAGCGCUUGCUGCCUCCGUGCCACCUCCGGGUUCGCCAGCACCUGCUGCCGCAUUCACUAGCCCUCCUCUGUCCCACUUCCCUCCUCCAUCUUCUGCCCCAAACACUCUCUUACCUGCACCCUCUUCUGGUCCUCCCACAUCGGGGUUUUCUGUUGGGGCGGCUUAUGACAUUACAAGGGGACAUGCGGGAAGAGCUCCCCAGACACCCCUGAUGCCGUCGUUCUCUGCACCUCCCGUCACAGGUAUCUUGCCGACUCCCAUUACUCAGCAAGCCAGUUUGUCAUCUCUGGCACAGGGACCUGGAACCACAUCAGCCAUUACUUUUCCAGAGGAACAAGAAGAUCCCAGAGUUGGUAGAGGUCAGGAUGAAGCAUCUGCUGGCGGACUCUGGGGUUUUAUUAAGGGUGUGGCCGGAAAUCCCAUGGUGAAAUCUGUGCUUGACAAAACAAAACAUUCGGUGGAAAGUAUGAUUACGACGUUGGACCCUGGCAUGGCUCCGUAUAUCAAAUCUGGAGGUGAACUGGAUAUCGUAGUGACCUCGAAUAAAGAAGUGAAAGUUGCCGCCGUCCGAGAUGCCUUCCAGGAGGUCUUUGGCUUAGCUGUGGUGAUAGGGGAAGCUGGACAGUCCAAUAUUGCCCCACAGCCGGUCGGGUAUGCAGCUGGGUUAAAAGGCGCCCAGGAACGGAUAGAUAGUUUGCGUCGAACUGGAGUGAUCCAUGAAAAACAGAUUGCUGUGUCAGUAGAAAACUUCAUCGCAGAAUUGCUACCUGACAAGUGGUUUGACAUUGGCUGUUUGAUAGUUGAAGAUCCUGCCCAUGGCAUUCACCUUGAAACGUUUACCCAGGCCACACCAGUGCCUUUGGAAUUUGUACAACAGGCUCAAAGUCUCACUCCCCAAGACUACCAUCUGAGGUGGUCAGGCCUUUUGGUGACGGUGGGUGAAGUUCUGGAAAAGAGCUUAGUAAAUGUCACCCGGACUGACUGGCACAGGACGUUCACCGGCCUGUCUCGGCGACAGAUGAUCUACAGUGCGGCCAAAGCCCUUGCCGGCAUGUAUAGACAGCGCCUGCCCCCCAGGACCGUGUGAGGGAACGCUCGCCCUGGGCACGGAGACUCCUUCGCUUGGGGCCUGGCGGUAUUUAGACCUUGUACCUCCCCUAAGUGGACAGCUUCAGUGAAUGCAGCCGUCUUGAUAGUUUGCCUGUGCCCUGCGGUUGUUCUUUUUUAGAAAGGCACGGGGUCAUUCCAGUAGAUGAGAAGAAACAGAUCCUUUCUUUGAUCGUGUCAUUUCGUGUACCACAGUUCUUAAAAAAGAAAAUCUAUAAAUAUUUUUAUAAGAUACUUUGAUAUACCAAAUUUAUAAGGUGCAAAUUCAUGUGCCUACUACAUUUAACUUAAUGAUAUGUACUUGAUUUUUUUCGUUAAGAAGACCUAACUCAUUAAAGAACGUGUCAUUGUUUCUUCUAUUUCAAGAUUAAUCUCUUCCUUCUUAGUUUUUGAUGCUUCUUGUGUGUGCAGGUGAUCUCAGGUCAGACACUGAGCCAUGUGCUCAUAGUUGACCCUCAGACACCUUCUUGCAGGGAGAUGGUUUGCAUUUCUGUGCAUAUUUUUUACAUGGGUCAAAAUAAUGAAAUUGAUAAUUUUGUUGGUGUUAUCAUGUACACACAUACAUAGUCUAAAAAACGAAAGAUUUUUUUCAAAGUAAGUUUUGGCAUUUCACAGAUUUAUACUCUCAAACGUUGGCGUGAUGGGUUUUGUUUGCCGUGGCUGUGGGACAACUAAGCGGCACAUGAUUCAAGUGUAUUUUACAUCAGAAACAUUUGGGUUAUUUUCAUGUAAUACUAUUCAGUAUUUCCAAGUAAACUCUGAUGUUGGCCAUUAUUUCUCUUUCUACUCGUGUUUUCUCAGCCGUUGUAGAGAAAUUGUUCAGAGGAAUUGCUUUGUUAUUUAUGGGAUUGUACGCCUCUUACUUUAAUUAAGGUUACUUAAUAUUUAGUUUGCCUUAAACACUGCUUUUCUAACCUGGUGCCAUUCUGCCUUUACUCUUUAUGGAAGUUUUCAGUGAAACUAUUUAAUACUCAUUCUGGUUUAUCUACUUCAUUGUGUUUGUAUUUAGUGAAAGCUUCUUUUUCCCCCAAAUAAUAUAUUUUACCGUUUUUGAAUUUCUAUAAAUCAAAAUUUAAAUAGUUUUGUCUUAUACUUUUGGACUCUAUAUAUGCAAGUUCAUAUAACUUUUUUGAAGACAGUUUCUUACCUAAGUGUAAUUUAAUUUUUAUUUACUCGUCUAUACAAGACUUUAGAUGGACCAGAAUUAGCACAAUCUUAUAAAGGGUAUCAAAGCUCUUACCCUGCACUGUCAUUACAUGUACUGGUUUCUUUGUAUUGUUGAGUACUUAAUUGAUCCAUGCUAUUUUUUACCUGAGGAUGAGAAGCAUUAAUUUCACAACUGUGGUUUGGUGAAAUUCAGACUUGUUUGUCAUUAAAAGUAAUGAGAGAGAGAAAAGACUUGUAACCAGCUGCUGUGGCAUAAUAGGGAUUGAAUACUUUUCUCUCCUCUUUUAUUGCUAUUUGUGGAACAGUCUAUGUUUCCUCCAUCUUGUUAAUAAAAAAGAGCUUUUCUCUACCA